CUAGCUGAAAAGGUUAGAUAUUUUAAGCCUUCACUUUGGCAGUGGAUGUCGGCAAGUGAACAUAACAUUUUGUGUGAGUAUAAAUUUAACCGAAAAAAUGGAGGCCAGCUACAGGCAGAAGAGAGAGUGGCUCAACAGCCGCUCCUCCGGUAAUGGUAAUGGUGCCUAUGGAGACAAUAGAGAUGGCGGCUACUCCGGCCAAUCCGGUGGCUAUUCCGACCAAUCGGGGGGCUAUUCCGGCCAAUCGGGGGGCUACUCUGGCCAGUCGGGCGCCGCCCAAAUGGGUCGUAACCUUGGGGGCUGGGCCCCCUGGAACUCCUCAAACACUAAUCCCAUGCCUGGCCCGUCCACUGACUAUCCUGCUGCCCCGCAGGCCAGCUCCCUUUGGAGCCGUAAUCGAAACGAUUGGAACGACGCCCAAGACCAAGCGGGAUCAAGUACCGUCAUGAACAGUCGCUCGUGGUCAGGCAAUCGCGGAUUGCCCUCCAGCCAGGGACAGGGACCAGGCCAGUGGCAGGGACAUGGACCGAGGAUGGCGCAGCGUGAGCUCCAGCCUAUACCGAUGCAGAUGCACGAGCAGGAGGGGGGGCCACCGAGUCACCUUCGCGAUGCCAUCUCUCGACUUAGCGGCUCCAGGCGCAAGUGGUUCAACCGCUACGUCGAGACGGGCUGCAGCCAGGAGGAGGCUCUGGCCAAAGCCUCGGAGCGACGCACCAAUCCGGCCGGCUUCAAAGGUGGAUCACUCAAGUGGUACGAUAGAUACAUUGCCAUGGGUUGCACUGAAAAAGAGGCACGCGCAAAGGUGCUGGAGUAUAAGAGGAGCCAUCCUCUUAAUCUUCCGGAGCAGUCAGCUCCGGCUGAACGCGGCCGUAAACGUCCAGAGCAUUCUCCUGUUUCGGGUGAUCGCGGCCGCAAGCGUCCCACUGAGGACAAGUCAUCUGGCGGAAGGGGCACUGAAGAGCCUAAGAAGCAGCGGAGGGCCCCAGAAAGACCUCCAUCGUCGGUAAGCUACAGGAGGAAAGACCUCACAAUGGCCAUUAUGGCAGAGGAAUAUCCGAAAUGCGUUUUGAACAAGAAGCAACUGUCCAAGAUCGAGGCAAGCCUCGUCGAGGAAAUGCGAAAGGGCUGGAAAAGCAGCAUCAACUUUGGAGGCAUCCAAUUCCUCCCCGGUUUGAUUUUGGUCACCUGCCUGGACAAAAGUUCCAAGCAGUGGCUGGAGCAGGUGGUACCCAAGAUCGAAGUGUUGCCGGGAAUCAAACUGUCGUCCUGUCCGGAAGACGAGGUGCCCUCCACCAAGGGGUUUACCAUUUUUGUGCCGCGCUCUGCCGAAGAAGCCGAUAAAAUUACAAUUGGCCUUUUGAAAGAUCAAAAUGCAGACCUUCUGUCUAAAACGUGGAACAUCGCCCGCACUACCAAGUUCAAGGAUGGCAAGGUCAUUACCGUCACCAUUGGCGACAAGGUCUUAGAGCUGCUGCGCAAGAAAGGCAUGACGGUCAGCUACCGCUUUAGCCAGCUUUCGUGUCGCCUGAUCAGUGGCAAGGGUGCACUAAAGGCAAUUCGCGUGAACCAGUCGGAGCCAAGGGAAACCAAACCCAAGCAAAAAGCUACUACUGAGUCCGAUCAAAUUGACCUGACUGACGAGGAUGGCGAAAAAUAUAUUCCUCAGCUUGACCUUACUCUUGUUGACGAGGUUAAGGGGGAUGAUGACGAGGAGGUUGAAGGGAAUAACGAGGCGGAGGACGGGGAUCACGAGGAGGAAGUGGAGCUAGUUGAAGGUGAGCCCGACGAAGAGCAGCUGGCGUUCGAAGGUGAGGAAAAUGAUGACGAGGAGCACUUGGGGGAAGAAGACCACGGGCAGGAAGAAGACCACGAGCAGGAGGAGGACCAUGAACAUGAACAGGAAGAAGGCCACGAGCAGGAGCAGGUGGAAAAUGCUGAGGAAACAACCAUCAUUGAAUGAGGGGCUCCUCGUAAGUACGCAUCAUAAAGGAAAGAAAAUGGUUUAGGCGAUCUCAAGAUACGAUUGAUGCGCAGCAACAUUUACAUUUUACAAGUAAUUUCUUCGAAACACACCAAAAACAUACUAGACAUAAGAUUUUACCAGCAAGAAGGUACUGGGACAUGGACUUUGGAAGCAAGAAGAAGCUACUGGGACAUUGGCAUAUAUGGGCUUUAAACAGCAAUUAACCAGUUUUGUUUAAAUUUAUAAGCCCUUACUGCAGUAUUGGGACACAAACACUUCCUUAAACAUUAUGACUUAUGACAUAUUAUAACAUACACCAAAACGAAAA